AUGACUGGCAGCAUCCAAGGAUCUGCAAUUGACGAUGGCUUCAAGACUCUCACCAACGCACCGGACGCAUGGGUCACUGGUCGCUACGCGGUACCGCCUCCAGUCGACUAUCAACAUUAUGUCGAGCCUGGAGAUACGCGCAGUGCUGUUGACGACAGAUGCUUCACCGAGUACGGAGCGGUUGAGAAUGCCCAUUAUGACAACAAGACGACCAAGCCAGCAAAACUUGAACAGAAGCGCCACCGAUCUCGCCAGACAUCAACCAAUCCGGCGUCUCGUGGAAAGCGCCGCCCGUCGCCUUCGUUUCGCAUCCGUAGCAAAGACGGUGACAGUCUUGUUGUGAGCAAUCCUUUCGUGUUGCGCAAACCAUCUCGUCCUCGGCCUCGCCCAGAGUCAGAGCAGUCGUCCCAAACAGACGAUCAAAGUCAAUACUCUUCGACGACAACUGCUCGCUCUCGCGCCUUCCAGAUCCGCAUCAGAGGCAAGAAUGGCGAGGAAGCUGUACAUGAGAUCAAGAGACCGUUGCACUUCGCCUCCCAGUCACAAGGAACGACGCUUGUUGGAGGCGAGUCGGGUCGCGAAGAUUUGAAAUACUGGUCUGCCAAUCAAUCGUCCUCUAGUCACAAACGUGACCGGGAGCACAACUCCAAAUGUAUGCACUAUCCAACACGACCCCAUGAGUACAGCACUGAUAAGCCAACUAUAGCAGGACUCGCAACUUUUACCGACUUCGUUGUGGACUCGACCACAGUGGCCUCAUCGACGGCUGGUAGCCCCGUCAGAAUGUCUGGAGCCCUCCCAAAUUCUUCUCCUGCCCCUUCCACAGAUACGUUAAGAUCGCGUCUGUUGCCUCCAGAGAAGCCCGUCAGCUCCAUGCAUGAUUCGGUCAUUUCUGUCAGCAGCUAUCCAAGCAAGAGCCCGUCUCGCUCUAUCUCUGACAAUUCCAAGGUCUCAUCAUCAAAGCGCUCAGCCCUCAAUUCUCCACACAAUGAAGUUAUUGUAGUUCCAGAUGAAUCCUUGGAUGGUUCAGUGGACUCUCCGUUCACAUCCCUCUCGACUCGGUGCAUUGUAUCAUCCCGGCCCGCAUCUCCAACUUCGGUUGCCGAGCUCACUGAAGGAAACGAUGCAGCUAGUAUCUCCGAUCUCAUCACGUCCCAGGGUUCUUCCGUCAAGAUCACCGACAAGGCAUCGUCCAGCGCAUCAUCCACUCCUCCAUCAACAUCUUCUCGCAUGUCUUCCAAACGUGUCGUUACUUUGACUGAGUCCUCAGUGCAGGCACAGGACGCUCUGGACGACUCGCGACCUGCUACCGUGUCACUCAGCAAGCACAAAGAGACGAAGCAAGAGGCGUAUUACAACUGGAAGGUUCCAAAAGACUCCCUGUACUCGAUCUCAACGAAAGACUCGAAGUCGUCACUUCACCGUCAUGAGUCAGUUGCUCGAGAAAAGACUGUGUCUAGAUCAUCCAGACAUAUCAGCCAAUCUGAUGGCGCAACACAACACAAUGCAGAUGCAGCAAGUUGUGUCCCAUCCCUGGCCCGCCCUGAGAGUCGACAAACAUUGCCUCAAGGAUACCAACCACCUCCACGCUCGCUAUCAACACAGUCAUCCAGCGCCAGAGACAUCACUGAUGGCUGGGUUCAGGAAACCGCUCACUGUAUCCCACUGCCUUCAUCACGCUCGGCUUCGUCCAAGUCAAACACAAGACCAUCAUCAUCAACCUCUAAUCGACAGUCUACUCGCGUGGCGUCGCAAGACUCAGCACAGGACGAUCAAGACUGGAACAAGCCUCUUUCGGCCACAGUAGCUUCCGGGCAGACGACCAGCAAGCACUCUAGACGCUCUUACACUGACCGAAUGGGCCAAGAAGCUGGCGCAUGGGAGGAAGCUGCAGCAUGGGAAGAACCGCUUUCCUCUGCAAAUCGCUCGAAGACAUCACGAACAUCAAAAUCACAUCAAAGUCAAUCACGCAAGUCUAUAUCCGCUCACCAAAGCGCCAAUCAGAACACCGCCAAUCAGAACACCGAAGAAGCAGACAACGAGCAAGGAUCCUGGGCCGGAUAUGAAGAAGGCUCCAGGAAAUCGGUCAGGUCAAUAUCCGCAAUCAACAUCGAGGAAGACUUACUCCAUUAUCUUCCUCCACUUUCUGAUAAUAAACGACUACCACCACCAAUGCCGAUGCUUACUACCAUCUACGAAGUAUCAGAACCUACGCCGUCGAACCAUUCGCCAAGCAUGUUUACACAGGAAACCACACACUUCGCAAGACCAGGCGCAAUAUCACCUCAUCCCUUGAGCUCUGUUUCUUCAGCAGCAACAGCACGAAAGCCACCGACCAUUGAACCGCACCGACUCGAGUAUCAAAAGCCGUACGUAGAGAGCAAGUCAAGCUCAAGUGCUUCUUCGGGUGCACAUGAUAGUAGCCGGCUUAGCCGACGAAGCUCGAGACCAAGAAUGUUGGAGCAACGAGCACCUCACUCGUCAAAAGAAGCCGAUCGUAGCCGUAGCAGUAGGGAAGUAUCAUCAGGAAGUGCACAGUCGUCAAGGAAAAGCCGCGCUUCAACAAAAGCAUCUGGCGGAGGUUGGAAAUUUUGGUAA